GCAGCGGGCGGCGCGGGGCUCCCGGGGCGGGCCGGGCCGCGGGGGCCGCUCGCGGCGACAUGGAGGAAGAGGGCAAGAAGGGCAAGAAGAGCCCGCUGUGUCCUUCAGUUGGCGAUUACUCAUCACAAGGUGUCCCAUUUUAAAAAGGACAGGACUCAUCGAGCUGCCAGAGAACCAGUAGACCAGAGUGGAUUUCAUAUAAAGUGCACAGUUGUCACAGUGAUUCUUCGAUGGCAGUGUUGCACCCUGGGGUGAGGAGGCCGGAAGACCACUGCAGGAGGGCUACCUGAUUCUGCUCUGCAGGGGCAGCUUUUAGAAAGAAGGAGAAAGCGGAGUCCAGACAGUACCCAUGGUGCCCUGUGUGUCUAAAGAGAGGGAGGGCUAACAUCUGACCAUAUUUUUCAACAAGCUCAGAAGUGAACAGAGGAGAAUGCCCAGUAACUAUCGGCAGAGGGGGAGGAACCAGAAUUCCUCCAGAGAAAUUCCUCCUCACACAGACUUUCCAGCGGGGUGUUCCAUGGAGAACGAGCCUGGAAUUGUGUCGCCGUUUAAACGAGUAUUCCUAAAAGGUGAAAAGAGUAGAGAUAAGAAAGCCCAUGAGAAGGUGACAGAGAGGCGCCCUCUGCACACUGUGGUGCUGUCCCUGCCUGAGCGCGUCGAGCCCGACAGACUGCUGAGCGACUAUAUCGAGAAGGAGGUGAAGUACUUAGGUCAGUUAACAUCCAUCCCAGGAUACCUGAAUCCCUCCAGUAGGACUGAAAUCCUGCAUUACAUAGACAAUGCAAAGAGAGCCCACCAGCUCCCCGGACACCUGACCCAGGAGCAUGACGCUGUGAUCAGCCUGUCUGCCUACAACGUCAAGCUGGCCUGGAGGGACGGGGAGGACACCAUCCUCAGGGUCCCCAUCCAUGACAUCGCCGCCGUGUCCUACGUGCGGGAUGACGCCUCACACCUGGUGGUCCUAAAGACAGCCCAGGACCCCGGCAUCUCCCCCAGCCAGAGUUUGUGUGCAGAAAGUUCCAGAGGCCUCACCGCAGGCUCCCUGUCAGAGAGUGGAGUGGGGCCUGUGGAGGCAUGCUGCCUGGUGAUCCUGGCCGUGGAGAGCAAGGUCGCCGCAGAAGAGCUGUGCUCCCUGCUCGGCCAGGUCUUCCAGAUCGUGUACACGGAGUCCACCAUCGACUUCCUGGACAGAGCCAUAUUUGACGGGGCCUCGACACCCACCCACCACCUGUCCCUUCACAGUGACGACUCUUCCACAAAGGUGGACAUGAAGGAGUCCUAUGAGACGGAAGCCAGCACUUUCUCCUUCCCCGAGUGUGCGCAUGCAGGCGGCGUGUCGCCCUUGUCCUUCUGCACGCAGACGGCGCCCCACGCCAAGACGGUCAGUGAGAGCGAGCUGAGCGCCACGGCCGCCGAGCUGCUGCAGGACUACAUGCUCACGAAACUCGGUCAGCUGGCUGAGCAUCACUGUGGGCUCCAGGGCGCUGGUCGCUGCCCCCCGGCAGUGGUGUGCAGACGCGCCCUCUGCCCGCUUGCGGGCAGCCUGGUCAGCCGCGCCUGCAGAUUAGGGCGGAUGGUGCGGGCUCCUCUCUCCCCUGCCGGCCGGAGCCGUGGAGCUGCAGGUCCUCUGGGGUCUCGUGGCGUGUGGGCAGGGGGGCGGCAGCGCCGGUCACCACCCCGCCCCGGGCCCGGCUCUCUCGGCAGCUGCGCACCAAGCUGUCGUCGCAGGAGAUCCAGCAGUUCGCGGCGCUGCUGCAUGAGUACCGCGACGGAGCCUCGGUGCACGAGUUCUGCAUCAACCUGCGGCAGCUCUACGGGGACAGCCGCAAGUUCCUGCUGCUCGGUCUGCGGCCCUUCAUCCCCGAGAAGGACAGCCAGCACUUCGAGAACUUCCUGGAGACCAUCGGGGUGAAGGAUGGCCGCGGGAUCAUCACCGACAGCUUCGGCAGGUACCGCCGGGCCAUGAGCUCCACCUCCACCUCCACCUCCAACGGGAACAGGGCCGCGGGCAGCUCUGACGACCAGUCCGCGCCCUCGGAGGGGGACGAGUGGGA